GAAGCACCGUUUUUUAUAUUAUCGCACCCGUGCCCUUCAAAUGACACUACUUCGUUAGUAGCCGGAUCGAGUGGAACUGGUUUUUCGGUACGCAUUGCAAUCAAGACAACAUGAGCAAAAUCGGAAUUAACGGAUUUGGUCGUAUCGGCCGUCUCGUGCUGAGAGCUUCCCUGGAGCGCGGUGGUCAGGUCGUCGCCAUCAAUGACCCCUUCAUCGGUCUCGAUUACAUGGUAUACAUGUUCAAGUAUGACUCCACCCACGGCAAGUUCAAAGGAGAAGUCAAAGCCGAAGGCAACUGUCUGGUUGUAAACGGAAACAAGAUCGCCGUCUUCAGCGAGCGCGAACCGAAAGCAAUCCCAUGGGCGAAGGCUGGCGCUGAGUACAUCGUCGAAUCGACUGGCGUGUUCACGACCAUCGAGAAAGCAUCCGCUCACUUGGAAGGCGGCGCCAAGAAGGUCAUCAUCUCCGCCCCGUCAGCUGAUGCGCCGAUGUUCGUCGUCGGUGUGAACUUGGAGGCUUACGAUCCAAGCUUCAAGGUCGUCUCCAACGCUUCGUGCACUACAAACUGCUUAGCACCUCUCGCCAAGGUGGUCCACGACAACUUUGAGAUCGUCGAGGGCCUCAUGACGACUGUACACGCGAUUACAGCCACUCAAAAGACCGUUGACGGACCUUCUGGCAAGCUGUGGCGUGACGGCCGUGGUGCAGCACAAAAUAUUAUUCCCGCUGCAACUGGAGCUGCCAAGGCAGUUGGCAAGGUCAUUCCCGCUCUCAAUGGGAAGCUUACUGGCAUGGCCUUCCGUGUACCCGUGCACAAUGUGUCCGUGGUCGACUUAACGGUCCGACUCGGCAAGCCCGCCUCCUACGACGCUAUCAAAGCCAAAGUGAAGGAAGCUGCUGAUGGUCCUUUGAAGGGUAUUCUGGGCUACACUGAGGACGACGUUGUCUCGGCUGAUUUCAUUGGUGACAACCACUCCAGCAUUUUCGAUGCCAAGGCUGGCAUUCCUCUAAACGAUAACUUCGUGAAGCUGAUUUCGUGGUAUGACAACGAGUUCGGUUAUUCUAGCCGAGUCAUCGACUUGAUCAAGUUUAUGCAAAGCAAGGACAACUAAAUAGUAUUCAGAAGUCGAUUGUUCAUCUGUGUCCUCCUAGCUCCGGCCUCGCCGUUCGAAGUCACUGUGUGGAGCAUAUCAUUGUAAAAAAAAGCUGAUGUAAGAAACACUGUAUUAAUCGGCGUCAUUAUUAAUUUCUAGCAGGAAUCUAUCCGAAAUAUAAAGAUGUUAGAACGUACGUUCUUUCUCACACAAUUAAUAGAAUUUUAGCUAAAGUAAUAUCUAUUCGUCGGUGAUUAAAAUAUAAUAAUAAGACAGGCUCUAUAUAUAGUGUUCAUAUCUAAUCUACAUAUUUAUCUCGUUAUUAUUACAGUCAAUUUGCCAAUAAAACAAAUAUAAAUACUCUAACUUGAGUGUUAUACAGUAGAGCCUGCAGUGUC